CUUAUCAGGCUGUUGCGUUACAGACUAAAAUUGUGUUAUCAAGAAAUUUGUUUAAGGUAGUCUAUUAUUCACUAAAUAGUCUAAAGCCACCGUUAUAUGGCAGACGUUACCUGUGCUCCUCUAUCACCUUAUACAAUGGGCUGUAAACAGAACCUCUAAUCUUAACGAAAUGGACAUUUGAUACCUGUUGAGAAUCGACACUUACAGGGAAGCAGCAGCGACGACAAGCUUCCAGACUAGUACGUGGAAAUUAUGAAGAUUACCGUACAGUUUUCAAAUUAUACUUCAGAGGCGAUGGUUUUCUAAUAGAAAUAGAGUUGUUCAUUGUUCUUUUUUGUCAUGUACACUCGUCUGUCUCUGAGCUGAGUUGCUAUCUCGAACUUCAUUCGUGUUCGAUCAAGAUGUCGAGAUGCAGGUUGAGUGGACUGCUCCAAAUUUGCGCUGUAAUAUUUGGAUAUUUGUUGACUUUGGGUCAAACGCGACUGUUUACUAAUCGCUGGGCAGUGAAAAUCACUGGGGGACCAGAUGCCGCAAACUUCAUUGCGGACAAAUAUGGAUUCCUCAACAUGGGACAGAUUGGAGACCUGGAGGACCACUACCAUUUCCUGCAUCCCAGGAUCAUGAGGCGCUCCACAGCCUCCAGUCGAGGCAACCACAGCCUCCUCACCAUGGAGACAAACGUGGAGUGGGUGGAGCAACAGGUUGUCCAUCACAGGACCAAACGCGAUGACGCCACCAGUGCCAGCUUCAAUGACCCCAAGUGGGACAAAAUGUGGUACAUUCAAUGUGACCACAACUGCCUGACGGAUAUGAACAUCAGGGGGGCGUGGAGGAAAGGCUACACGGGCAGGGGGGUGGUGGUCACCAUCCUAGACGACGGCAUAGAGAGGAUUCAUCCCGACCUCAAGCAAAACUAUGAUGGUCGGGCAAGCUGGGACUUCAACAGGGACGAUCCCGACCCCAGCCCUCGCUACGACGCCACGGAUGAGAACAAACAUGGGACGAGAUGUGCCGGAGUAGUGGCAGCAACAGCUAACAAUUCACUUUGUAUGGUGGGCGUGGCAUAUAACGCCAAGAUUGGAGGUAUCCGCAUGCUAGACGGUGACAUGUCAGACAUGCUGGAGGCCCAGUCCCUGAGCUUCCGCCCGCAGUACAUCGACAUCUACAGCGCCAGCUGGGGACCCGAUGACGACGGCAGGACCGUGGACGGACCCGGCAGCCUGGCGCGCCUCGCACUGGAGAACGGCAUCCGCAAGGGCAGGAAGGGGCGUGGCUCCAUCUUCGUGUGGGCGUCGGGUAACGGUGGGCGGAACAAGGACCACUGCUCGUGCGACGGCUACACCAACAGCAUCUUCACCAUCUCGGUCAGCUCCACCACCCGCAGCGGCCGCAAGCCCUGGUACCUGGAGGAGUGCUCCUCCACCCUCACCACCACCUAUAGCAGCGGAGACCCCACCGGAAAUGAUGUGGUGACUACCGACCUGAGGCAGCGCUGCACUGAGGAUCAUUCCGGAACGUCUGCCUCCGCUCCCAUGGCAGCUGGCAUCAUCGCGCUCACUCUGGAGGCCAACCCUCUGCUGAGCUGGCGGGACGUGCAGCACAUCAUCGUAAAGACGUCGCGUAGGGGACACCUGAGCGCACCCGACUGGGAGACCAACGGAGCAGGACACGAUGUAAGCCACCUGUAUGGGUUUGGUCUGAUGGAUGCGGAGGCCAUGGUGACUGAGGCUCAGAGCUGGACCCCCGUGCCCCCCCACCGUGUCUGUGUGGACAACGUCAUUUACAGCAACAGGGAGAUCCGUGCGGACCGCCUGCUGCGCUCCUCCUACGUGUCGGGGGGCUGCAAUAAGCACGUGGUCUACCUGGAGCAUGUGGCCGUGCGGGUGACACUGCUGCACCCCCGCAGAGGCGACCUCUCCAUCACCCUCAUAUCCCCCUCCGGCACACGCUCACAGCUACUCGCCACCAGGGAGAAUGACUACUCAGCGGAGGGCUUCCGGAGGUGGAAGUUCAUGACGACGCACUGCUGGGGGGAGACGGCAGCUGGGGAGUGGAGCCUGGAGAUCAGGGACUCCCCCAGCCGGAGGAGGAGCUACAGACACGCAGCCAAGCUGGUGGAGUGGUACCUGGUGCUUUAUGGCACCUCCGUGCACCCGUACUCCCCCGCUCCGCACCGGCAUGCACACGCUCGCUCGCUGGAUGCGUCUCUGGAUGAUGACAUCACAGAGGAAUACACCGGCCCGUGUGAUCCGGAGUGCAGUGAUGAUGGAUGUGAAGGGCCCGGGUCUCACCAGUGCAUGGCCUGCCUUCACUACUUCCUCAAGUUCAAGAACAACACCAGGUCGUGCGUGGGCAGCUGCCCAGAGGGCUUCUGGGGCGACAGGAAGCGCUGUAAGAAGUGCUACUCCUCCUGCCGCACGUGUGAAGGCAGCCGCAGCAACCAGUGCACGUCCUGCAAGAUCACGCAUCACUUCCACGAGGACACACACUCAUGUGUCACCAGCUGCGGAGACGGACACUAUGUGGAACAUGUGGGGAACGUGUGCCGUAAAUGCAGCGAGAACUGUUUAAGAUGUACAGGCUCCACCAUCUGCACCGAAUGUACCGAGGGAUACAGUCUGGUGGGUAACAGGUGUCAGAAGAGUUGUGCGGUGGGCACCUACCUGAGUGCGGAGGGCACCUGUGAGCCAUGCCACCCUGCCUGUGCCACCUGUGCAGGUGCAGGUGUGGAGGCGUGUCAGAGCUGUGCGGAGGGCUACCUGAUAGAAGAGUGGAAGUGUGUGUCGUCAUGCAGCCAAGGCUUCUAUGCAGCUCAGGCCUCUGACACCAGGAUAUGCAGGAGGUGUGAUGCCAGCUGCCUGUCGUGUGUGGGCGAGGGCAGGAGCAACUGUAGCGGCUGUGUAGAGGGACACACCUUAAAGGAGGGGGUGUGUGCCACGGAGUGCAAAGACGGAGAGUACCAGGAUGACCAAGGGGGUUGUCAUGCAUGCGAUUCCACCUGUCACAAGUGCAGAGGACCCAAGAACAAUGACUGCAUCAACUGUGCUCCGUCCCUCUUCCUGGAUGAGGGCCAGUGUGUGUCCAGGUGUGGGGCGGGGAGGUACCAGUCGGGCGGCCAGUGCCACCGCUGUGACCACACCUGUGCUGAGUGUGUGGAGCGUGGACCUGCCAACUGCUCCAGCUGUGACACAGACAAGUUUGGGAUGUCGCGCUACCUGUUCCAGGGUCAGUGUGUGGACUCGUGCCCGGAGGCCCACUACCACACGGCGCAGAAGACGUGCGAGGCGUGCCCGGCCCACUGCCCGCUCUGCACCUCCGCCACACGCUGCCUCAAGUGCAGCCCCUCCUACUACCUCAACCAAGGAGUCUGCACGCGCCUAGAGUGCGGAGAAGGAGAAGUGGAGGAUCCAGACUAUGAUGACUGCAUGCCAUGUGAGGAGGGCUGUAAGAAGUGUGUCCUGUACAACCCCAAACACUGCAUGUCCUGCAUCGAAGGCUACUACAAGUUUGAUGAUGGGUGCUAUAAGCACUGUCCAGCCAAGACCUACACGGUAGAGGAGAGCAUGAGCUGUGUGGCGUGUGACUCCAACUGUGUCAGCUGCGACGAACACGAAUGCUACUGGUGCGAGACGGACCUCUUCCUCUUAGACGGGAAGUGUGUGCAGGAGUGCCCGCUGGGUUUCUAUGGCAACGAGGACUCCCAGGAGUGUGAGGAGUGUGAUGAGUCGUGUCGUACGUGCGGGGGCCCGGAGGAGGACGAGUGUCUCACCUGUCAGAACGGGGACACGCUGCAGGACGGGGAGUGCGUGCCCGAGCUCGAGUCAUGCCCCUCCAAAACAUACCUGGACGAUGACGGGGAGUGUGAAUCGUGCCACUCCAGCUGUGAGAGCUGUGAUGGGCCCCUGAAGAGCGACUGCGUCUCCUGCGUCAGAGGUCGCUUCCUGACCAUCGAGCAGACGUGUGUGUUGCGCUGCCCGGUGGGCCGGUUCGGCAGCCGUGCGAGCGGCGUGUGUGAGAUGUGUGCCACCGGCUGUGCCCAGUGCACCGGCCUGCAGCAGUGCCAACGCUGUGCCACCACCCGACGCAAGCAGCUCUACCUGCAGGACGGCCAGUGUGUCCAGCAGUGCACCCGGGGUUUCCCGGUGGGCCAGGUGUGUGAGAGCUGUGCGGAGGGCUGCCUGACGUGUGAGAGGAACGCCACCCACUGCCUGAGCUGCCAGGAGCCUCUGCUACUGCACCGCCACGACUGCGUCUCCGCCUGCCCACCAGAACACAUACUCAGGGACGGGGAGUGCCUACACUGCCCUAGUGGCUGCAGCCGGUGCACUGGAGCCGGACUGUGUGCAGAGUGUGAGGCGUCCUACCUCCUGCACGAGAGCCGCUGCGUGCUGGAGUGCCCGGCCGGUUUCUAUGACGACACGGAGGGCGGCGUGUGCGGGCGGUGCCACCCAGACUGCCAGCUGUGUGACGGGCCGGGACAGGAGGAGUGUGACGCCUGCUCAGACCCCGAGGCCACCCUGCAGAACGGGGCGUGUGUCACAGCAUGCCCCAACCACACCUACAAGGACACACACACAGGACAGUGCAUGGACUGUGACCCAUCGUGCUUACACUGCUCCGGCCCGCACGCCACCGCCUGCACCAGCUGUGCCGAUGGCCUGCGUCUGGACGGGCACGGGCGCUGUGCCACCCUCACCACCUGCCCCCCGCACCACUACGCCGACCAGGACGGGGAAUGCCACCAGUGCCACAAGCACUGCCAGCAGUGCAGCGGUCCGGACAGGAACCACUGCCUAGCCUGCAGCGGCAACCACUUCCUGCUAAAUGGCAGCUGUGUGGACGCGUGUCCGGUGGGCUUCUUCCGUGACCAGGCGCUGCACAGCUGUGAGGAGUGCCACCCCUCCUGCCUGUCCUGCGGGGGGCGCCACAGCCACGAGUGCCUGGCCUGUAAGCCAGAGCUCUUCAGGGACGGAAAGGAGUGCGUGGAGACCUGCCACUCCAGUCGCUAUGGUGACAUGUCCACGCGCUCGUGCGAGCCGUGCGACUCCAGCUGCGAGGAGUGUUUGGGGGCGGGGCCGACCAGCUGCCUGAGCUGCCGGGAGGGCCAGCUGUACCUGCGGAGGCAGGGCCAGUGUCUGCACACCUGUCCCCAGGGCCACUACGAGGACACCCACCACAAGACCUGCGAGCCCUGCCACCCCUCCUGCAAAACCUGCUACAGUAAAGGAGCCCAGUCGUGCGAGUCGUGCCACAUGGGCUACUCCAUCAUAGAGGGGGCAUGCGUAUCGCAGUGCAUCAUGGGAGAAUAUCCGGUCGUAGAGCAGCCCCAUGCGAGUAGCGGGUGUGAGCGGUGCCAUGACUCGUGCCUGGAGUGCCGGGGGCCGGGCCCCCACAACUGCACGCUGUGCGCGUCGGGCCAGUCCAUCCUGACGCUGGAGGGCCGCUGCCUGCCCUGCUGUACCCAGCAACACACAGCAGGGGGCGCCGACACCCACACAGGGGCCGCCACGCAGCAGGAGUGCUGCAACUGCACCGAGACCAAAGGUGAGUGCAUCCUGAGCACCAACUUCGCCUUCCGUAACGAGCCGGAGUCGGGCGGCGGUGACGACGACGAUGACGACGACCUCUUGGAGCGCGGCAACCUGGCGCUCUUCGUCACCACCUGCAUCCUCCUCCUCCUCGGCCUGGUGGGCGUGGCCAUCAUGAUCCGCCGCUCGCUCGCCAAGAGCCACAGCAAGCCCGACCACGGACCCGCGCCCCGCGGCUACGAGAAGCUGUCUAACAGCAGCCGCUACGGCGGCGGGGGCGGAGGGGCUACGUCCUUCUCGUCCGAGUCGUACGGAGGAGGAGGGGGAGGCGGAGGCCGAGGAGGGUUCGAGGGCAGCUCCAACAUCGGACGGUUCCGUGAAGAGCAGCUGGUGGACCUGAGCGACCGCUCGAAGGGGCGCGCGGUGGCCGACGAUGACGAGGAUGAAGAUGAGGACAUUGUGUACAUGGGGCAGGACGGCACGGUGUACAGGAAGUUCCGCUACGGGCAGCUGGGGGACGAUAACGAGGACGAGCUGGAGUACGACGACGAGACCUACUCAUUCAGGACGGAUCCCUUUGCAGACAACCAGGCGGAGCAAGCGACCAAACCCGAGCUGGUGUGAUGCAUUAUGGGACGAUCUCCGUCUGUUAUGUGUGUUUAUCCAAUCAUCCAUCUUUCCAAACCCAACAAUGCAGUCUCGACCCGUGCUCGUGCAUGGCCCUAUUUAACACGAUAGUCCACCCAACGUGGACUGCAAGAUAAAAAAAAGUUUUAGCCUUGGCUUUGUGAUUGGUUUACUUGGUUUACUUCUGUGUGAGCAUACAUGUACCUCCUGCCUGCGCUGGGGUGGAUUUCUCGAAACCAUAGUUGCUGGCUUCAUUAGCUACUUUGUUGUUUUCAAUGCAAUUUCCCAUUGGCAACUACCCAAGUUGCUAACUGGCUAAUUACUAAAUUUUCAAGAAAUGCACCCCUGUACUGUUCUGUACACUACACCCUGAUCUGACGGCUCUUCUGAAAAGCUUUGAACCUUUUUCAUGUGGUCUGAUCUAAUCUGAUGUGGCGGAAUUACUGUUGCUUUUGUUUGCAGUCAAAAAAAUGAGUUUUUUUUGUGAGAGCAUAAUAAACUUUUUGUUUGUUUGUUUAUUGUAAUAAAAAAAAUGAAUUUCA